AACCGUGCGGGUUCGGCGGACUCUGUGCUAACGCGAAGCUUGGUGCUGGGGAGCGCGCUGCCCCACGCGCCUGCGCGGCUGCCCGGAGAGGCGCCCGGCCCGCCGGCGGUUCCCGCGGCCGCGUUAUGGCCCGCGGCAAGCCCAAGACCAAGGGCCAUGGGGGCCCCUCACUCAUAGUGCAGCGCAUGCGGGAAAGUGGCUGGACGGACACGGCGCCGAACAUCACGCUGGAGGGCUUAAGUCCGUACGACGCGUUUCAUGAUCCGCGCUGCCCCCGCGCAUUACGUCUCAUCUUCAACGAGCAGCAGAAGGCGAAGACACGCGUCAAGAAUAAACCAAUCGCCAUCAAACAACCUCGUAAUGAGGCCGAGAAACAGGCGAGUCCGUCGACGCGGCCGAUCGUCGACCCCGUGCCGCUCGAGGCUCCAGGACUGCCUCUACUCGUCUCUAGUACCACAAAGCAGCACGGCGGGCCCGGUGUCACGUACGAGAAGAUUGGGGCUGGUUAUGCGACGGAGCUCGAUGUGGUUCGACUGGCCUUGCGGCGGAAUGACUGCUUAAGGCGGGCCCACGAGAUCGUGGAAAGGCGAGAAAAGAGGAAGAAGAAGGUCCAGGAGACAACUCUCGAUGAAGACGACGAGCUCGUACGCGCGAUCAAAGAGCGGGACGGCAAGGUGAAGAAGGGCCCGCCGAAAGGCCUCAAAAAAGUCGUGGAGGAGCUCCGAGUGCUCACGAGGAAGGUAGCCGGUUUGCUGGCUCAGCGAAGAUCAUUACUAGGUGAUGCCGCACCUAGCUUCGACCUGGGGGGCCAGCCCUACGUCCUGACCAUGUUAAGUGAUGUCGAGUUUUUGGAGGACUACGGUAGAUAUUUGGACUACGAGACGGCCCGAAGGAACCCCUUACUGUUACCUCAUGCGCAUCCCGGCUUUGAUGACUUGCGAGGGGACGACUUCGUGCCUUCUGUCUUACAAUCAAAAAGGGCGGUCGUGCAAUUGCCGCACUACUACGGCGCGAACACCGACGCCGAGAAGCAACUGCUCACCGAACUAAGGGCGAUGCCUCGAGGUACUAUUCAUCAAUACAUCGACGAGGAACAAGCGAGGACCAAGACGAUCGCUUAUGAGCCGCCCCCACAAACAGUCGAGAAGAUCGAGGAGGCGCCCGUCACCGUCACGCAAGCGUCCUUCUUCCAGUCGACCGCGUCGGACCGAACUACCUCUGCGCAACGCCAUCUCGAGUUCACGCGGGCCGAACAACGGAGAGGUAGACGUAGACAGCGCGAGUCCGAGAAGCUACUCAGAGAGUUCGAGGAGAAACUCAAGACGCUGAAGGGGAAGAAGAACGACUUACAAUCGUCGAUAAGCGGCCCGCCGUCCUUCAAGCAGUCCGUCCGCGUCGCGAAGCUCGACGCAGCUAUUUCUGAUUUGGAUAAGAAGCGCCGGGAGAAGGCGAAGACGAUCUACUUCGAACGGGAGGCUCUCGUGAGACGAGAUCGAAGGAUACGAGAGCUAGAAAGAGAUGUGCAAAGGGAGGAGGAGGAACGGGCUGAAAGAAGAGCGGAGCGCUUGCAACUAGAGGCCGCGAAAAGUCCAGUGGUGGCGGCGCCGGCGCCUUCCCUGGAAAUGUUCUCUCCCACCAUCUUGAGGCAGUCCGUCAGCCUGGAACCGUCGGCUCUGUUGACAGCAUCGCUCGACGUGCAGCCCGAGCCCUCGGCACUAACUGGCUCUGUGGACGAGGCGCCCUCUCGGUUACUACGCUUCGAGGACUCCGAUUUUGCGGAACAACCCCUCAAGGCGCGCUUCGCUCCUGUCAGUGCGGAGCCCUCGGCUUUGUUUACCGCUUCAUUGGACCCCGCGGCGAUGCCGUCUGCGCUCACGUCGUCUCUGCAAGAAACCACAGACGACAGCGCAUCAGAAGUGGAACGGCUACGAGCCCAACUCGCGGAGUCCACUUCAUUCAGAGACGACUCCGAGGCGGCCCACGCCGCUGAGGUCGCGCGCUUGUCAGAGAUGCUCGCGCAGCGCGACCGCGCCUUGCGCGACGAGUCCGUGACGCUGCACGGUGCCGAAAUUUCAAGGUUGCAGGAGGAAUUGUCCCAUUUCCAGGACCAACUCGCCGAGCGCGAGGCGUCGGAAGCGCAGCGUUUACAACAUCAGCUCGACGAGCGCGCGUCCGAGAGCGAGGCGGAUUCUAGUAAGGCGCACGCGGCCGAGAUUGAAUCACUCAAGGCGGCCCUGAAGGAGCGCGAGGACGCCGCGCGGCGCGAGGCCGAGCGGCUGAGGAGGGAGAAGGCCGAGCUUGAAGAUAAGACUCUGAAGCUGCGCACGACGCUGGCCCAGCAGGAGCGCGAGGCGCGCAUGGCCUGCGAGGAGCGCGACGCCGCCAAACGUUUGCUGGCCGAGAAGCAGCGCGCGGCCUUAUCCCCGGAGCCCUCGGCGUUAUCUCUGAACCCGGAGGACUCGGAGCUCGAGGGCGGCGCGACGGUCGGGCCCCAGGCCACGGUCUACACGCAGACGGCGCAGUUCGAGCCGCUUGAGGCCGUGGCCGACGAGGGCUCUACCGCCUCGUCGACCAUCGUGCGGGCCGUGCACCCGGAGCGCGCCGUGUCGUCGCCGCCGCCCGGGACGCCCAUGUUGUUGGAUGAGGACCCGGACGUGGAGGCUCAAUUGCUGGCCUAUGGGCUCGUGCCGCCGGGCCGGACGCGGCCGCGACCGUCGGCCGUGUCUUUCGCCGAGGACGACGAGACGUCCGCGUCGACCUCGACCGGGCGCCCGCCCCUGGCGCGGUCGCAGACGUGGUCGGUCGCGUCGGCGCCGCCACCGGCUUCGUGGGAAUUAGGGAGUAUGACGCCGCUUGGAAGGUAAUACAUGUUUAAAUCA